UUUUCAAGUUUUCGAAAUGCCAUUUUGAAUUCUUCAUAAAAAGUUGCACUUCUUAUAAUGUUAUUCAUCAUGUUUUUAGCGCAUUCCUACUUGUGUAGAUCAUUUAGCUUGUAGAAUCUGGACUGUGCAUCUCGAAAAACAUGUAACAAUCGUUGAGAAGCAGCGAAUAUGCUUUAAACCUCGCCAGUUGUGGUUGGAAACUGGAAAAAAUCCAGAUUCUUGGAGAUGGUGUUCUUCUAAAAAAUUACUUAUGGUACCUUAUCCCGUUUCUGCUCCAGGACUGCUGAAAUUGGAAAUCAUUUUGUCUCUCUGGAUUCGUAUUUUUGUAUGGCUGAUGGUCGACAUACUUCACUGUGUGCGUUUGAUUGAUUUGACUGGCAACGCUACAUCGCAUCGUGUGGUUGCCUUCUGAAUACGUUCUUUCGUGUUUCGUCCUUCGCGGGAUCAUGGCCGAACACCCCCUGUACACGAUCAUGGACCUGGACAUUCCCGAGGCGCAGGAGAGCCUGCGGAAACGUGGCUCCCUACUGCAAAGUUAACUACAUUCAGAAUGUGAUGGUGCACAAGGAGAAGAUUGCCCGCCGCGAGAUCGGCGCGCUGGCCACGACGAACAAGCCGAUGCAGCGCCAGCAGAAGUUCCUGCAGCCGCCGCACCCGGAGCGCGCCAUCCGCUACGUGCGCAAGCCCAUCGACUACAGCGUGCUGGACGACGUCGGCCACGGCAUCAAGACCUCGGCCACGCCGCAGCCGCCGCGCGCGGCCCCCGCCACCGUCCGCAAGACCGGCUCCACCCUCACCGACACCAGCUCCAUGAGCUCUGGGCCCUCUGGGAAAUGUUUCGCCGGAUGCCUGUCGGUAUUCCGGAAGAGGGGAAAGAGGGCCGCACCAAUUGGCAAAACUGGUUCCGGUCAAAUCCAGUGCGACCGCGCUUCAUCUCCUACUGGAGAAAAGGACGGCAUGUAUAAUGUAUACAAGGUCACUAAUCAUCCUGUGACUGCACGAAAGUGUGAGAAAAUGACCAAAGCGGAAAUUGUGAAAGUGUUUGACGUAAAAUUAGUUUGCACAUACCAGCUGAACCGAGCUACAUUGUAUAAUUCGUUUACCUUGUUUACGUUUGAUCUCCCGAUGGUCUUAUACUUUGGUGUGAAAAGUAUGUACUGUAAAUUCCGCUGGGUACUGCGGACAUGUGACCGCUAGUAGCUGUUGAACAGCAACUUUUUGGAUUGUGUUGACUGCUGACUGGUGUUGUUCGCUGCUGAUAAUAUCAUAAUCAGGAUCGGAAAUUUCUUGAUGGCUGAUUUUUUAUCAUGGAUUUAUCUUCUGAUGGAGCUGCGCAGUCUUCAAAGCCUUCUUUCCCUUGCUUGAUCUGUGGAUUUGUCUGCUCGACCAAGAGCGCUUUCACCAAUCACAGCGGGAGCAACAAGUGCAAGGAGAAUGUGCUACGACGUCAACGCGGACUGGUCCAUUGUGUUCCCAACGAAGCUCCUGCGACGGAACCUAGCUGCAGCCUUCUGAACCAGGCUGCCAUUCCUAAUGCCAUUCAUCAGAAGUCCCUGGAUCUGCAAAGACUAGCUUCCAAGCUAAGUAUACUGCCUGCUCAUCAGGCUUAUUUUCUGCUGCGCACUUGCAUUGGCGUUCCUAAAAUGAACUAUUUACUACGAGCGAGUCCAACUUGGUUGUGCGGAGACGAACUUGAUAAAUUCGAUAACAUUACCAAAUCGGCAUUAGAAGCAGUAACGAAUGUUAAGAUCGACGGUGUCACCUGGGCUCAAGCAUCGCUCCCUGUGUCCAGUGGUGGGUUGGGGAUCAGACGUGUGGCAGAACUAGCUAUUCCAGCCUAUUUGGCUUCGGUUUAUGCCACAGCGCCUCUGGUCUCGACCAUUGCCUCUGGUACGGAGAGCCUUGACUUGGUGCAUCAGUUGUGGCAAACAGCUACGGGCACCGAACUACCACCAGAAAAUCUUCGGCGUGUACAAAAAGUGUGGGAUGUAGCUCUGGUACAAAAAACUUGUCAAAUUAUUAAGGAAGAGUUGUCUAGUGAUGUCACCCACUGUGCGCGUUUGCUUGCUGUUGCAGAGCCGGAAUCUGGCAAAUGGCUGAACGCUCUGCCUGUUUCUUCACUUGGAACCCUGAUGUCGGACGAGAGCUUUCGCGUAGCAGUCGGCCUUCGAAUCGGCGCAGCUAUCUGCCGUCCGCACCUUUGCACGGACUGCCGUCUCCCUGUGGACGAAUACGGUCACCACGGCUUAUCCUGCAAAAAGAGCGCUGGGCGUUUUCUUCGCCACACCGCACUGAACGAACUGAUUCGGAGAAGUUUGGUCACCGCUAAAACGCCGGCCGUACUGGAGCCGCUUGGAACAAGUGACGAAGACGAUCGCCGUCCGGACGGUGUGUCGCAAAUGCCUUGGAAGAACGGUUUACGGCUAGCCUGGGACGUGACUUGUGUGGAUACCGUCGCAUUUUCAAACGUCAUUAGCAGCAGCGUUAAGGCUGGAGAAGCGGCCCGAAAAGCAGAAGACGAAAAGCGGCGGAAAUAUGAAUAUUUAGCACCUGAGUACUAUUUUGUUGCAUUGGCUUUUGAAACUUUUGGCGUCGCUAGCCCUUCCUGUAUUAAGUUUUUGCGAGAAUUGGGCAGGCGGUUAAAGGAUGCUACGGGAGAACGACGCUCUUACGAGUUUCUGCUACAGCGUAUUAGCAUUGAAAUACAGCGGUGGAAUGCGCUGUCUGUGACUUCAACCGUACCGCGUUCUGAUGGUUUUAACGCUGUUUACUUUGUUUUAUAAUGUUGAUGUUCAAACGUCUGAACGAUAAGCAAACCAAUAAAUUCUUUUACAUGU